GCUAAGGGCCCACCCUUUACAGGAAGUGAUUGAGUCUUUGAAAGCUGUGACUUGUUGGAGGCUGAAAUUAGAUCAUGAAGCUGGAGGUGCCAGAAAGCUUUGAAGAUGUUGCUGUUAAAUUUUCAAGAGAGGAGUGGAAGAUGCUGAGUAAACAGCAGAAACAGCUGCACAAGGAGGUGAUGGUACAGAACUACGAGAACAUGGUUUCUGUAGGAUACACUAUCCCACUGGAUCACCUCCACAUAUUGAUUAUCAGAGAUGAUGAGAUGUCUGCUAAUAUGGAAGGAUGGGGAGGAAGCACUAAAGUAAAGCGGACUAAUGCUGAUGGCCCCUUCACCAUCCACAGGAACUCAGCCUACAUUGAGAUUCAGAGUCAGCGGCCAUUCUCUGUGAAACAUCAGAGUUCUGAAUCUGGCGAGGCAUUGCCACGUGAUGCGUCAUUCACAAGACACGAAGGAGUAGAGAGUGGACAUGGACACCAGAAAUGCACGGAGUAUAAGAGCAGGCAUAGCGGGAACAGUCAACUAGGAAUGCAUCUGACCACUCAUGGACAAGAGACACCAUGUACAUGUCUGAACUGCAGGGGCAGUAACAGAGAAAAGGAUUCUGUAACAAUACGCAAGAAAAUCCUCAUUAGAGAAAAGCGAUGUAAACGUACUAUAUGUGAUAAGAGUGUUGUGCAUGACAGUGGGUUAUCAAAGCACAAGACUGUUCAUACUGGGCAGAAACCUUAUAAAUGCCCCGUGUGUAACAAGGGUUUUACACGUAACUGUGGUCUAAAACAGCAUCAGAUUAUACACAGUGGUUCAAAAAUGUAUAAAUGUUCAACAUGUAAGAAAUGUUUUGGACUCAAGGAAUGUUUGAUAGAGCAUCAGGUUAUCCACAGUAAAAAGAAGCCAUACAAAUGUUCUAAGUGUGACAAGAGUUUUAUAUAUAGUAACUGUCUGAUUAAGCAUCAAGUUAUGCAUACAGGUAUGAAAGUGAACACAAACUCUUAUAAAUGUGAUAUGUGUGACAAGAGAUUUAUAGAUGCAUGGAUGUUAAAGCAACAUCAUUUUAUUCACACUAGACAAAGGCAAAACAGACAAAAACCCUAUAAGUGUGUCUCCUGUGACAAGAGAUUUAUGAGGAGGACAAACUUGAAACAACACCAAUAUAUCCACACCGGACAGAAACCCUUUACCUGUGCUACAUGUAACAAGGGAUUUAUAGAGAAGAUAAAUCUAAUAAGGCACCUGGGUGUCCACACUGGGCAGAAAACCUAUAAAUGUGCUUCCUGUGGAAAGGGAUUUAUGAAGAGGGCAAACCUGAUACGUCACGAGUAUGUCCACACUACAGAGAAACCCUAUAAGUGUACAUCCUGUAACAAGGGAUUUGUAGAGAAAUAUCAACUGCUAAGGCAUCAACAUGACCACAUCGGACAGAAAACCUUCACCUGUGCCACGUGUAACAAGGAAUUUAUAGGGGAGAUGAACCUAAUAAGGCACAUGGGUGUCCACACUGGGCAGAAAACCUAUAAAUGUGCUUCCUGUGAAAAGGGAUUUACAACUAAGGGAAACCUGAUACGUCACAAGUAUGUUCACACUACAGAGAAACCCUAUAAGUGUGCAUCCUGUAACAAGGGAUUUAUAGAGAAAUCUAAACUGCUAAGGCAUCAACGUGUCCACACCAGACAGAAAUCUUUUACCUGUGCCACAUGUAACAAGGAAUUUAUAGGGAAGAUAAACUUAAUAAAGCACCUGGGUGUCCACACUGGACAGAAAACCUAUAAAUGUGCUUCUUGUGGAAAGGGAUUUAUGAAGAAGGGAAACCUUAUACGUCACGAGUAUGUCCACUCUACAGAAAAACCCUAUAAGUGUGCAUCCUGUAACAAGGGAUUUAUACAAAAAAAUAAACUACUAAGGCAUCAACACGUCCACACUGGACAGAAACCCUUUAGUUGUGCCACAUGUAACAAGGGAUUUACAGAGAAGACAAAUCUAAUAAGGCAUCAAAGUCUCCAUGCUGGUUUCAAGUGCAUAACAUGUAACAAGACUUUUCAAUGUAAGAAAACCCUCAAUGAACAUGAGGGCUUCCACAGGCGUCUGAAAGGAAAGAUGAAAUCAGCAAGAAAAGGAAAGUAGUAUUGCUGGAACUGAAUUCAUUCUCAGGUCUUGGUGGGUACCUUCACAUGGUGGACCCAGUUUUUACAAAAUCUCACCAAGACAACAUUGACAUAUAGUCAGUAUUUUAUAUAGCGUAAAGAAAGGCAAGUCAGAAAAUAAAAAAGAAGACAGAGUGCCCAGGCUCCAGGAUAAAAAGGUGUCCCCUCCUGGUGUACCCACUGAUGUCAGGACUGGAAGAAAAGCAAUGUAGAAUCCCCAUGAAAAUGUUCCUACAGCAGGGUUAAGUCAGGUUCAAGGGGGAGGAUGGCUUCCCAGUGGUAGAAGGACGAAGUAGUCCACAAAAAAGGGAUGACAAGGUGGCUUGUUGACGAUGAGAAAGAAAUUAUAAGUUGUUGUCCUUCUUUUCUUCUUAUUAUUAUUAUUAUGCAAAAAGCUCAGAAUGAUCAAACAAAGGGUGUGCUGAAAGAUGAAAAGAAAAACUAAUAGAAAAAUGUGCACAAUAAAACUGUCAAAAGCUCUAAAUAAACAUUUGUAUUCAUUAAUGGAACAGAUCUAUGAAAAACGUUACAUAGAUGAAGAAACUUUGGGCCACCUGGACCAAGGCCUGACAGAAGAAGUGCAAAAAUAGAAAGAAUAAGACGCAAAGAUUCUAGGAAGGAUCCUAAAUAUUGAAAAUCUCAUAAAACAAAAAAGUAAGACAGAGGCAGAAUGCAGAAAAGAGGAUCAAUGAGGUAGAAAUUAAGCGGAAACUGAAGUUGUGGAAUACUUGUGAAGUUAAUGAUUUAGUGUACACAAUCCAGCACAGGUACUGUUGCAGCAUGAUGGAACAGUGAGCCCCCAAACUAAGGAGAAGCAGGUGGAGCAGAGGCUUCGAAGAAGAUGAGCAACAUCGUGAUGCUGUAAAUCCUUCUGUAGGAGACCGGUAUGAAAAUCCAGUUAAAGUUGGACAGCAAGGGAAGCAGCAGGAAACAGUGGCAAAUCUGACACAGGUAAUAUUGUGGAGUGAUGGAUCGAUGCGUUCCCAUAUGAAGGAGCAGUAGGUGAAGAGGGUGCAUCACAGGAAGAUGUUCUGGAACUUUCUGUAGAAUACUUGCAGGAAACAGAGCAAAUAAGAUGCUCUCAUUCCAGAAGAAAUCAUCUAAGGGAAGAUCUGCUCGAUUUCAUAGAGUUGGACAGCCAUUUUAAGCUUGAGAAAAGAUAUAGAUUACAGAAAGUAAAUAAGACCCAAAAUGUUAGAAAACUGGCAAAAUAUAGAAACACAGUAAUCAGGACUAUUAAGAGAAAUUCCCAUGAUAUAGCAAAUAAAUAGGAUAUAUUUCUGUCCAGCUAAACAUAUUAUGGAUAACGUGUUACCACAAAAAUGGAGAGUAACGAGUAACGAAAGGAUGGGAGUAAAUAAAAAUACCACCAUGGAAGCAGUGAACAGAGAGAAAACUAUAACAGGUAAAACAAGAAGUAGUAUCACUGUUAGAAGACUAUAGGAAAGGGAAUGUAUCCUCAAAAAUACUUCAAAAUGAGUCUACUUCAAUAGAAUGAAGUUACACUUAAUCCAAACUUACCUUAACGAGACAUCACCGAAGUUUGAAUAAACUAAAGCUUCACAUUACAACAUUAUUUUUUACAGGGAAUGGAGGCAUUUAGCCAACAUGGGGAAAUUUGCCUUUUCUCCCACUGUUGUGUGAUUCUGGAGAUGGUAUAUUUAAUUAGGUGGGUGUGGGGGCACAGCCCCCCCACCUUGAUGGGCUUGACAUACUGCAGUGCGUUUUUACGUUCAGUGUUAGCCAAGUGCCUUCAUUCCCUGACAAAAUGCGGUAAUGUGACAUUUUGGUUUAUUCAAAGUUCGGUGAUGUCAUCUCUGUAAAAUAAGUUUCAAUUAAGUAUAAUUUUGGUCUACUGAAGUAGACCCUUAGAAACAUAUAGAAGUGGUAAAAGCAACACACAGCAUCAAAAACAGUCGAGGAUUUAUCAUAUGCAGUUGCCAAUGAUAAACUACAAAUUUCAGCACAGGCAGAAAAACUUAGAAGUUAAGCAGAUAACUAUAUAGGAAAAGUACAAAAUAAGAAAUUCAUUAAUGAGCCCAACCUCAUUAACAACUACAUAAACAAUACUCCUUAAAACUGAACCUGGAAGCCCUUUUAAGAGCUAUAAACCAAUAACUUGCCUUCUGACAAUAUACAAACUAUAUACUGGAACUGAGGCACACAGUGCUUAUAGUCAUUUAGAAAGAAAAUCUGUUAUAUCAAUAGAACAAAAUGGUAACAAAGGAAAGUCACUUGUUGCCAAAUAAAGCCGUAAUAGAGAGUUGUAAAAAUGGGAAGAAUUUAAGUAUGGCAUGGACAGAUUACAAAAAAAAAAAACAUAUUUGAGGGCAUCAUAUUCAAGGAUAAAGGAAUGCUUACAAAUUUAUGAGAUUUACCCUAUAAUGGAUCGAUUGUAUUGCAAUGAUGAUGAAACAGUGGUAAAGCCCUUUACAGUUGAGCCAUGACAAGGGCCAUGUUAUCCCAGGGAUAAAAAUUCAAAGGUGGGAUAUUCCAAGGUGAUUUAUUAUCACCACUGCCAUUUUGCCUUACCCUCAACACAUUAAGCUGUUUACUUAGCAGAUUAGGUAGGCUAUGGUUACAAUUUAGCUCGCAUAAACUAACCCUGUUUAAAAAUUUAACCUCUAUUUUUUGUGGAUGACUUAAAACUAUAUACUUCAUCAGAUAAGGAACGCUGCAAAUGGUAAAAUGUUCUCAGAUGGGGUAAGAAUGACUUUUGGUUUUGAUAAAUGUGCAAAAGUAACAUUUAAAACAGGAAAGCUGCAUCACCAAGAAAAUAUCAACCUGGGACAUGAAUGUGAGUGAAAUAAAUUAACUUGAGCAGGUGAGAGUGUAUAAAUAUUUGGUUCUAGAUAUAGGAUUGACAAUAAAAUAUGAAUAAAUGAGAAUAAAACUCAGUAAGGAGAGCUUCAGAAGACUAACAUCCAGGAAUAAAGUCACAUCAAUAAAUUAAUUUGCUCUUCCUGUUCUAAUUCACAGUUUUCGGGUGACUGACUGGCCCCAACAAGUAUUCAGUUAAUUGGGCAAGAAAACAAGAAAAAUACUUCAUGCAUAUCAAAUAUAUAAAAUUCAUUGCACCCUAAAAUUAUAUAUGCCUCGCUCUGAAAAAGGUAUGAGCCUUCUUGAAAUUCGUGGGACUGUAUACAUAUCUGUUGACCUUAUUGAAAGUUUUAAAGCAUAAAGAGAAGUCUAUGAUGACAUCUUUGCAUAGUUUGAAUAAAAGCCCUGAAGAAGUUUAUGUAUUAUAUAAACGAAAGCGCUAACCUACAUUUUUUGUGUCCAGUGUGAUACUUUUCUUUCUUUUAUUUUUUAUUCAAUCUUUGCAUAGUUUAGCAGAAGUAUUUCCGUAUCAAGCAGGAAUGAAAAUUCAUAUCAGAAGUAGAAUAAAAUCUAACAGCAGCUGAAUGAGCCAAAAAACAAAAUACAGAACGUAAGGAAAAUGAUUAGAAAGAAAGAAAGAAAAUUGGAAAAAUCUAUAAAUGUAGUGGCAAGUUUAGAGAGAGCUUCUGGAACAAAUGCAUGUUGACCAAGAUUUGGUGCAGGUAUGGAUAAGGAGAGGUAAACUGAAACCGAAAGAUGAAAAGCUAAUAGCGGCUGUCCAGCAGAGUUGGCUAUGUACACGUUGGUUUACAAAGUUCAUUGAAAAGGUAGAAGAAAACAGACAAUUCUGGUCCUGUAAAACAGAACUAGUAAUAGUCGCACAACUUGUUACUGGGUGUGACUCACUCAUGGCAAAGGGCCUGUAUAUUGAAAGGCACAAAAAACUGUUGCACUGUGGAUUGUGCAAACAUUCCAAUAUAGAAGUAGCUGAGAAGCACUGGAAACACGAUUCACAAAUCAUUGCAGAGAAUAAUGAAGUCUAUAUCACAUGGGAUCACCCAUUACUAACAGUUCAAAAAAUAGAUGCAAAAACCUAGCAGUUUAUGAAAAAAACACUAAAGUAGCACUGACCAGUGAAUUUGCUAUACCCAUUGAUUACAGUGUGUUAUAUACAGAGAGACAAAGUCAUAAAAUAGCAGGAUUUGCAGGCAGAAACAAGAACGUGAAAGAAAGAUAUCCAGACAGUUCCAGUUGGAGGAACCAGUAGGAGGAACAGGUCUAUUAAAAAAAGAAUGUACAGUCAUAAUUAGAUAUGCUAGUGAUACAUGUACCUCCAUGUGAAGGAUGCAAUUCUGGACACAUUGUGGGCGCUGAGAAGAAUAUUCUUGGGUAAUAUCAAAAAAAUGAAACAAUACUAAUGUCAUGAACUCUAAUUGUACCCUGACCUAGGAUAGGGAUAUAUUACCAUCACAGUAUUAGAAACCCAAAACAUUUGGAGAAAUUAAAAAGGUGACUUCCAAGUAUGCUAAUAUGAUAAUAGUUCAUAGAUUCAUGGGUGUUUACUAGGCUAAUGACCACAAGGUUCAUAGGUAGGUACUAGGCUA